AUGACACGAACGCCAGUGACAUCGGUUAGCAGUCAUGUUUUGUGUCUCCAACCAGGCGCACCCCUUGUCCUAGAGGUUCCUCCACUUCCUCAACAUCAAACGCGGCGUUACCAACCCCUUUGGCUGAAAAAGUAUCAGAUACCAGUUGAUAUGGACGUGGAGCCGAAGCGUCAACCACUCGAUCUGGCGGUUGCCAGGUUAUCAAGUUCCACUAAAGUUUUCAAAAAUCCAGAAGGUAAAAAAGCAGAAAAUGAAGACAUGAGACAAUCGACGGAGCGGUGGUGGGAACGAUUACCGGAGCUGCCAUCGCAACACUGCACAAAAUUUCGAAACCAUAUGAACAGUGAAAGAGAAUGCCGCACAAUUACCGACAAUAAGUGUUCAGAUGGACUCUGUGUAGAUGUACUGUACGUGGGUGAUUAA